UCUCUCUCUCUCUCUCUCCGCCGCCGCAAGGACGCAGCUAGGGCGGGGCGGGUCAGCUGCGGGGAGGUAUAUAAGGGCCUGCGCGCCGCUCUUUGCCACACACUCCUUCGUGAGCUCUCGAGGAAGCAACACAACCAUGAACUUCAGCCUACUGAUCCUGAGCGUGGUGGUGGCGGCGGCGGCGGCGGCGCCCGGCUACGACAAGCCCAUCCCCAUCCUGAAGGACGACCGCUCCCAGAACGCCGCGGGCGAGUACACCUUCGACUUCGAGACCGGCAACGGCAUCGUGCGCAGCGAGGCGGGGCGCCAGGCCGACGGCCAGGAGUCCUCCGGCGCCUUCAGCUACACCAGCCCAGACGGCACCCCCGUGGCCAUCUCCUUCACCGCCGGCGCGGGAGGUUACCAGCCUGAGGGCGCGGUGCUGCCCGUGGCCCCGCCGCUGCCCUACGAGCGCUCCGACACCUUCGUGCACUAACGCCCACGCCCGCACACGCCCACGCCCACACCAUACCUACCCUGACCCCGCUCUCUCUCUCUCCAAUACAAGCCAUAAUUUACUCUCCCAUGCAAUUCUAUCAUGUAACUUUUUUUUUUUUACUUCCAUUAUAUCAUCUUAUAUAUUUAUUUCCACCCAGCAUGUGACUGCCUCUGUAAAUAAACACUGAAGCAGGAAAA